AUGUCGACUUCUUACAACGACAAGGAUCUAUUAUCUUCCCUAGAGCAGCUCUUUGCGAGAUAUCUCGAUGAGAAGGAUGAUGCUGCGAGAGAAAAGACAAAGCUUGAUAAGUUCUGGGGGACGUAUCUGCGAUCUAUGAAGGAUGAGGACGAAGCGCGUCCCAGGGACUGGGAUGGGAACACCGGGAGCAUCUUGACCUUCACAGGUCUCUUUGCCGCGACGGUUGCAGCGUUUGUGAUCGAAAGCUACAAGACUCUAUCACCAGACUCCGGCGAACAGACAGUGAUGCUUCUCUCGCGACUACUCGUAGAAGCGACGAACUCGACCAUCCAUAGCACAGCUGUCUCUGCGUCAAUCGAGCCAUUCCAUGCCCCACUUCCUGCCAUACUAGCCAAUGCGCUGUGGUUCUGUAGCCUAGUAGUCGCCCUGGCCUGCGCUCUUUUGGCAACCCUAGUUCAGCAGUGGUCUCGAGACUACGUGAAGGAUAUCAAGCGACGGGUUACAUUGGAUGAGAACAUAGCCAGCCGCGCCCUCAAUCAUGUAUACAUCCGGAUGGGUGUGGAUCGUUAUGGCAUGGACCAAGUCGUCAACCUCAUCGUGUCGCUCGUACAUCUGGCUGUCGUCCUCUUCGCUGCAGGUCUUCUCCUAUUUCUCUACCCGAUCAAUGCCAUCGUAUCAUGGUGCACAUCAUUUGCCCUCGCCCUUUUCGGUUCAGCCUACCUCAUCGUUGGAAUGUUGCCAGUUCUGGAUACUGGCUGCCCAUACAGAACCCCUUUGACAUAUCCAAUGGUCGCCGUGUACCAAACUGUGCUUCAUGUCCGUCGAUAUGCGUUGCGCGCGCCUUUCUUUGCUGGUGCGGAGAUUUAUUAUCGUACGGGAAUACAAUGGUUCAUCGCGGCUUAUACUCCCGUUCGACAUAUGCUUCGGUCCCUUUCGCAUAUACCGACCCGUCGACACAGGAUUUGUUGGCUGAAGCACAUCACCCUACGAGGCCUCUUUCCGCCGAACGUGGCGAUCAUCUCUGGUGGGCGGAGAUAUUUCCGUGACAUUCGCGGCACUCUGACCGUCCCUUACUUCGGGUACAUAUGGAAACACACCAGCCGUCAGUUACUCAUGCGAGAUGUCACAGAUGUUAAUACAUUACUCCAGGCCGUCUUGGACAUCUUAGGCCCGCAACUCUGGGACUGGGAAACCCGAUUGGGAUGCAUAGAUCUUCUUUAUAAUGAUUCAAUACUGGCGCUCAGACUCGACGACAUUGGUCGUCUUGGCGAAGGAUCUCCAGAUCCCGAUACGCGCAUCGCAACUCUCAAGCUGACAUGUUUGCUACUACGACAUGCGUAUAGAAAGUGGAUGUGGGAGAUCGGCGGAAAUCCGCCCUUUCACACGAUGUACUACCUCGCAAUUCUGCUCAGCACGAUCGCAGACCCACAGGGCGCGCGCAAAGAUGAGCGCUUUGCUCUUCAGGCUCGCUUUUGCAUGUUUCAUCUGCGCUGGUCCUUGCUCUUGCUGGUUCAGGGCUCCGCACUCUCCGGAGGUGGGCCAUCCGGGCUCGAUAUCCCCGGAUACCAAGAAAUGUACUUUUCUCAGAGGCUGGAGGUAGGCUCGAAUGGAUGGUUCCGCCAUAAGCACGCGCUACUUGGAGUCCCCCGAGUACUCCUCCUUCUUGCAAACUCCUGGCAGUACAAUCGUCUCGACUUGCACUACGGUUCGGUGGGCCAUGUCGAUUCAGAUUGGAGCACGGACACAACGUCGUGUCUAGUACCCUUGCAUGAUGAUCAAUGUUGCAGGAGCAGGGAGGGCCCGUUGAUACACAUAGCCGCUUGCACCAUCCUGACCAUGGUCGCGCAUCUCUUACGCGCAUCAGAGAUGGACCGAAAGGACUUGUACCAGCACCACGUAGAGCAAUACGGUGACCUAUGGGAGCAUGGCAUGCCGUUCGUACAAUGGAGAGAUACGUUCAGGAUGAAUAUCGACGACCGGCUUCGGGCGCCAUCUCCCGAAUUCUUGGCCGUCUUGCACAGUGCUGGGCUUGACGAGUGGGCGCGGCCAGGCGGCAAUCUGGAGUUUAUACCUGCGCCGGACACAGAUCUGGGUCGUUUCCUAGCAGCUCCUGUAGAUCAACAUAUGGCCCUUCCCAUUUCCUUCGCGGACAUCCUGCGCACUCUGGUGAAACAUGUCAACUUGACGGAUGUCCGCAAUGGCAAUCAAUCGACUGAGGGACACCAACAACGCGCAGUACACAAUUCUACAGCUGCCGCGGCUAUCGAGACUGGCACUUGUGCCAAACAGACGCCCAUGUCGGAAGAACCCUCGGGCGACCCCGAUGUCGAUCGCCAUCCCGGCGCUGGAAGCGCCGAGGUUGAACUUCAGGACACUAGUAUCGGAUUGGGGCGGGUCGUGAUUGCUUCCCCGCCUGAGAGUCGUGAGAUGAGUAGAGGAUAA